UAUUUUGUCAAGUCGAAUGAAAAAAAGAUAUACAAAUAAAAAAAAAAAUUCAAUACAAAAUUUUUUAAUUGAUUAAUUGCAUUGACAACUUCUCAUUCCUCUGUUUUCUUCAUUCAACCCCUUUCUUUAUUCCAUAUUUGGGAUGAAUGAUCUAAGAAUGACGAUGAGUGACAAGUGAUAAAGCAAAGUGAAGUAACAUCAUAGAGUGCCCCCUCAAUACAAGGGAAAUUCUUGCUAUCUCACCACCUAAUAAUAAUUGUAAGAGUGACUAAGAAGCUAUUCGGCGUCAGACAUCGUCGGAUAUACACGUAUAUUUUAUUAUAUUGUGUGUUUUAUUCGGAAGUUCGGUUUCCCAUCACAUUUAAAUACAAAAAAAGAAAAACCUACCCCACUUCGUUUUGUCUAAGAAAAAAAAAAAAAAAAACAUACUAUCGCGCAUAGAUAGUUUUUAUUUUUUCAUUAAUUUUUUUUUUUGUUCGUUUUUGUUUUUAAUAUCGAUUUAUUCGCUUGAGACAAAUACAGCUGAGCAAUUAAUUAUAAAUGACGCUACCAGUGAAAAGUUCUCAUUUAUAGGUUAGCCGCUUUUCGUGUUCGUCCCCACGAAUAUUAACUUUGGGGUAGUUCAGUUCAGUUCAAUUCAAAUCGCCAGUGUCUGCAUAUAAACCCACCCCAAAAAAAUACCUGUUUUGCUAGGGCUCUACCACCUUACCACCCUUUUCCAUACAUUAAGUGUCUUCAUAUCGUGUUGUCGUGUGUGUUGUGUUGUAUGUGUGUUAUAUCCACAAAAGUAUAGUUUGGUUUGGAGUUUAUUUUUUUUUCUAGCUCCUCACUCAUGUUGUCAUCCCUUAGGGAUAUAGUUGCAUGCAUGGAAAUCGGCUAGAAAACCUUCGAAGAACAUUUAUUUUUCUGUUCUAGUUUUGAAUUCACUUCAUUUGUAAAGACGGUAUAGAGUUAGCCACUUUGCUAAUUAAGGCCGAGGAAAGAGAGCAGCAACCCUCCAGUAAAUAAUUAGUACACAUUUUCUAAUACAACAAAAAAAUAAGAACUAACCAAUUGUAGUAGUUUUGUUCUGUUGAACGUUUGGAUAAAAAAGGAAAUAUGCGUGUGACAUUAUUUUAUAGAAUAAAAACAACAACAACAUCAUUUUAUCGUAAUAUAACUCUUUUAUAAAUCUAUCCACUGUGUCAGUUAAUGAAUUUAAAUUAAAUUGUUUCAUUUCUAAUUUGAAUACAAUAUAAUAGUGUUGUUUGUGUAGAAAAAAAAUACUGUGUUUUGUUGAAGACAAACAAAAAGAAGAGAACAUGGAUAUAGUAUCACAUUGUACGAUGAAACAUCAGGAGAAUAUGGGAACACCAAUUAAUAAGAAAAUCCUGUGCCAGACAUCAGGACCAGCUAUUAAAAUAUCAACGACAUUUCUAACAACGAAUCCCAUAAAAUCGGAUCAAGAAAUAUUAGAAAAUUCUAUGCUUGAAGAUGAUCCAAAUGGUAAUUCAACGCUGGAACAAACGUUCAAUGAAAAGAAAUCCCCAAGAUGGGGUCCCCAGCACAAAGGAGCACAAGAAUUGGCUAAUCUUUAUAGCCCAGGAAAACGUGCCCAAGAAAUAAUCUGCGUCUACACCUGCAUCACAUUAAUGUUUAUCAAUUUAAUUUUGAUAAUCAAACAUUUUCGUAUUGAUCGUAUCAGUGUAGCAUGUGUUUCAGCAUUCUUUGGCAUAUUGACGGCGGAUUUUGGUUCCGGUUUAGUUCAUUGGGCUGCUGAUACAUGGGGCAGUGUUGAACUUCCAAUUAUUGGAAGGAAUUUUCUUCGACCAUUUCGUGAACAUCAUAUUGAUCCAACAUCAAUUACCAGACAUGAUUUCAUUGAAACAAAUGGUGAUAAUUUCAUGCUUAGCAUUCCAAUACUAGCUACCUUGGCAUAUAACUUUAUGACAAAGUCACCUCAGGACAUUCAAAUGGACUUUGGAUGGAGUUCCUAUCUAUUUUUGUGUUCGAUAUUUGUCGCCCUAACAAAUCAGAUACACAAAUGGUCACAUACGUAUUGGGGUCUGCCUAAAUGGGUUCAGUUCCUUCAGAACCACCAUAUUGUUCUACCAAGAAAACAUCAUCGUAUUCAUCAUGUUGCUCCACAUGAAACAUAUUUUUGUAUAACAACUGGUUGGCUAAACUGGCCCUUAGAGAAGUUGAAGUUUUGGCCAGCAAUGGAGGGUCUGAUAGAAUGUUUAACUGGAUGCAAGCCUCGUGAUGACGAUUUGAAAUGGGCAAAGAAAAGUUUGUAGCAGCAACUACAAUUUAUUUGCCGAAUGAUGCGAUUUUUAUAAGCAAUUAAUUAUUAAAUAAAAUUAAAUAUUUUACACCAAACAGAACAAAUCAAACACCAAAAAAUAAUAUUCACCUUAACCAGCACAUGUUCACAAAAAAAAUAAUUAAAAACAAACAAAUCUCAAUGCAAUGCAAUAACAAAAAAAAAACA